AUGGUGUACUUUCCGAGGCAUGCAAGGAGAUCAAGCCUGUUAUCACGUUUGAAUGCCGCGUUGCUGAGAUUUAAGCUCGUGAACUGGCUUCGUCUCAUCUGGUUAACAACUGUUCUAUGGGAUGAGCUAGGCAUCUUCCACCUUAGUCUGGCUUUUUGCAAGUGGCCAGAUGACGACCUGCCUCAGAAAGAAACACCUACUCAUGUGCUACUCGUCUCUGAACCUCAGGUUCGCUACAUUCCAGCGUCAAAGCGAACCUUGAUUGCUCGUCUUCGCAAUUUCUUCUACGAGCUUACACUCCAGAAGAAUUGGAGUUCGGUAAUUCGCUUGAAGCCUGACCUAGUGGUAUUUCUUGGAGACAUGAUCAAUUCCGUCAGAGCGCUCAAGACAGACACGGACUAUGAGUCGCAAUAUCGAAGAUUUAUGGAUAUAUUUCGUCUUCCUCCUGGCGUUUCGGCGUACUAUCUCCCUGGCAACAAUGAUGUAGGUCUGAAUAUAGACCUGGCAGACUCUCGUCAAGCGCGUCGUCAGUUCUCAACUCAUUUUGGGCCGUUGAAUCAACAAGUUCUCGUGCACAAUCACACAUUCGUGCUGAUAGACGCAUCCGGCCUUGUUGAAGAGGACUAUCAGCGUGCCGCACGAAACACAGAGUAUGACAAAUGGACUGCAAUCAACGGCGGUCCAGUACAUUUUGUCGAAACUCUGCGUGAACAACAAGUUCCUUGGCCCGUCUUGUUCACACAUAUUCCACUUUAUCGUCCUGAUACGGCCGCAUGUGGUCUCCUGCGCGAGCGAGGGACGAUUCGCCGAGGCGUCGGGCCUGGUUAUCAGAAUGUUUUGGGCAAAAAGACGACUAACUUCCUCCUGCAGACCAUCCAGCCUUCUAUCGUGUUCAGCGGAGAUGACAGAGACUACUGUGAAUAUACACAUGUCCCCUCUCUAAGCGCGAUAAUGGGUGACCAACGUCCUACUGACAUCCGCGAAGUCACUGUCAAGUCUUUCUCCCCGUAUCCCACCAUUCGUCGGCCUGGAUUUCAGCUGUUAUCACUGAUCUCUCCUCCCGCCCUGACAUCAUUGGACCCGUCUGUGUCGACGCACUCGCUCUCAGAUACGCCGUGUCUCCUACCGAACUACAUUGGCGUAUAUACUACGCAUUACCUUCCACUUCUCUUGAUGUCGACCGUCCUUCUGGCUUGCGCAAGACUGCACACAUUCCGCGGACCAGCGCUCCCUAUAAUUUUGGAUCCCCUGCAUUCACCGUCCCUGUCGAGCCCGGGAGUGUCACCGCGAUCGUCCUUCCCAAAUUCUGCUACGAUGCGUGAUGUCGGUCAACAAGGGGGCCUACGUACUCCCCGCACCCCUCACAUGAAUACGAGUGCAGUGCAUGGCAACGAUGACGAAGGAUCUAUAUCCACUUUCCGUGCGUGUCUCGUGGACGACGAAAAUCCCUCUCCGAUCGACAAAGACUACCCCCCCUAUUCUCCUCACUACAUGAUACACAAUGGGGAACGUGCCCAGUGGACCGGCGGUGCCGAUACGUUCCCCGGUCCAUUCAGGCACGAUCGUGUAUAUCGAGAGAACGAUCCCAACGUCGCCUCUCCCGCGCUCCCAGAUGCACCGGGACGAGAUAGCUGGCGUCUCUUGUAUCAUACCGGGUCCUUUGCGUCGCCUCCGCUGGAGGCUGCUGAACUCAGGAAAGCAAUGUCUAUCAACGCGCAGAAGGCGUGGAAUCACCCUCUUGGGUACUCUCAUGGACUUAUGGAGGGCCAUGUGGCCUCCACUGCUGCUAUGCGAGUGACCAUUCUGCAUCCUUAUUCUCUCCCAGUGGAAAGUCUGCGAAUAAUAUGGGUUGGGGUGAUCUUCUACUUCGAGCUCGGAACUUUCAAAAAUCAUGUAUCCUAUUGUCCGUGGCCCGACGUUGAUUCUACCACUUCUAAUACUAGGAGCUUUACACGCGUCCUAGUGAUUGCGGACCCCCAGAUUCUGGACAGUCGAUCAUACCCAGGACGCAACCCGUGGCUGAUGUCGCUGACCCAGCUGCUCGUCGAUUUGAAUAUGCGCAAGAGCUGGCAAGCUGCCCUACGUCUCACCCCGGAUGCAGUCAUUUUUCUUGGAGACAUGAUGGACGGCGGCCGACGCGCGAUCUCCCAUGACGAAUACGAGGCGUAUUAUAAGCGCUUCCGGGAUAUCUUUAGGACAUCCCAAGUACUACCGACGUACUAUGUGCCAGGUAACCACGACGUUGGAUUAGGCGCGUCUUCUGCGUUCUCUGAGAGCGCCGUAGAGCGUUACGUUACACAUUUCGGGAAAUUGAAUCAAGAGAUUGAGAUCGGUGGUCAUUCCUGCGUUCUCCUGGGCGCACCCGGUUUUGUCGAGGAGGAAGAGGAGAGAGUGAGGAGUGGCAUGGGCUACACGCAAUGGGCAGAUGCAAGGCCUGAGGGGACGAUUGCAUUCGUCCACGCUAUCUCAACACGGGAACGUCGCAACCCGCGCGUACUAUUCACGCAUGUCCCUCUUGCACGGCCUGCGGGGGCUUCUUGUGGACCACUUCGCGACCGUGGGACUAUCCGCAGUGGCAGAGGCCAUGGAUACCAGAAUACACUCAGCCCCGAAGCAUCGACAUUUCUCCUCCAAAGUCUCUAUCCUUCGCUCGUGCUGAGCGGCGAUGACCACGAUUACUGCGAAUACGCUCAUGAGAUUCCUGCAGAGAACGUCGGCUCUUCGAGUCCCGUUGCUGUGCGCGAAGCGACAGUCAGAUCCUUCUCAAUGGCCAUGGGUGUCCGUCGCCCUGGGUUUCAGCUCCUCUCGCUAGCCCCGCCUGCCUUUUCGUCAUCAUCGCAGCGCACGAUCGCAGACGCGCCAUGUCUGCUUCCCGACCAACUUGGGAUUUACCUGACGAUAUACGUCCCCUUACUACUGACCAGCCUGUUCAUACUGCUGGUCUCGAACGCGCACCGCGUGCGCACACGCAGGCGCUUCUGGACAGUCUGGGACGUGCGCGACGAGCCGCCCGAUCCGGAUGCUUGGCUCUCGUCCGCUACGUUGGAUGGCAGAGACGAUGAAGAGGAGAAGUUGAUUACACAUGCAACACUCCCGCCGCCUGAUUCGGCCUUCACCCAGCGCCCCACGCGGUUCUCUCUCGGCGCCGCAGGGCUGACCGCCCUGCUGCAGUAUGUGCAGGAAGGCGUGCACCGCGGUCGUGCCGAAUCGAAUGCAUGGCGGAACCGCGCGGGCUUCGUUCAUGGGUUUGUGAGGGAUGUGGCAGAAUUGGCGGCUAUGCCCCUCGUGAUCUUUGUGGUGAUUACGUGGUGGGUCUCCUAA